UUGAUAUUACUAGUAAUUCGUAUUUCGGAGAUUUGAUAUUUCGGUGUUGUUAUUAUCGUUGUUAUUAUUAUUAUUAUUAUUAUUAUUACAUUAUUAUUAUAUCUGUAAGUUUAGGCAUUAUUGUUGUUUUAUUUUUUUCUUAGAAAUUCGAAUAGAUUUGAAUAUAUUAUAUUAUUUAUAAAGGCGUGUGUUGUGUGCGUUUUUCCGGAAAAACAACUGCAAGUCUUUAUGAUGUUUAUUGGCGGGGGAUCGUUUUGCCACUUGUAGAACGACCGAAGAAACUUAACUGACGUUCACGACUAUAAGGCGGUAACAUGUAUAUAAAACAGGUUAUUAUUCAUGGUUUUAAGAGCUAUCGGGAGCAGACCGUUGUCGAACCAUUUGACCGAAGACACAAUGUAGUCGUUGGUCGUAACGGAUCUGGAAAGAGCAACUUUUUUUAUGCUAUACAGUUUGUCCUAAGUGACGAGUUCUCUCAUCUCCGUCCUGAACAAAGGCAAGCAUUACUCCAUGAAGGAACCGGUCCUCGAGUGGUCACUGCAUAUGUUGAAAUCAUAUUUGACAACACUGACAACCGUUUGCCUAUCGAAAAAGACGAAGUUGUACUGAGGCGUGUUAUCGGUGCCAAAAAAGACCAAUAUUUUCUGAACAAAAAAAUGGUUCCUAGGUCGGACGUCACUAAUUUACUGGAAUCGGCGGGAUUUUCUCAUUCAAAUCCAUACUACAUUGUAAAACAAGGAAAGAUCAACCAAAUGGCCACAGCUCCAGAUUCGCAACGGUUGAAAUUGUUGAGAGAAGUGGCCGGCACCCGGGUUUAUGAUGAACGAAAAGAAGAAUCUAUUGAAAUUCUUAAAGACACGCAGACUAAAUUGGAAAAAAUUGUCGAGUUCAUCAAAACAAUAGAAGAGCGAUUGACGACAUUGGAAGAAGAAAAGGAAGAACUCAAAGAGUACCAGAACUGGGACAAAAAAAGAAGAACGUUAGAAUUUUGCAUACACGAUCGAGAGCUUAAAGAAACUAAAAGAAAAUUAGAAGAAAUGGACGGUAAAUUAAAUAAUUUUGACGAAGAGCAAAAACGUCUCAAUACAAAAGUAAAAGAAGCGUCUGAUCAAGCAAAAAAAGCAGCAAAACUAUUGCGUGAUGCUAAGCGUGAAGUGCAUGCUGCCAAAGAAGAAAAAGAAACCCUCAGCUUAGAACAACAAGAGUUGAUCAAACAAAAAACUAAAUUAGAUUUUACCAUAAAAGAUUUGACCGACGAGGUGGAUGGCGACAAUAACUCCAAGGAAAGAGCGGAAAGAGAACUAAAAAAACUUCAGGAUACAAUCAAAACGAAAGAGGGAGAACUCCAAGAAUUAAGGCCAAAAUAUGAAGCACAAAAAAAGAAAGAAGAAGACUGCACCAGAGAGUUGGCUUUGAAGGAGCAAAAAAGAAAAGAACUGUACGCCAAACAAGGCAGAGGAAGUCAAUUUACAUCUAAAGAAGACCGUGACAAAUGGAUUCAAAAAGAGCUAAAAUCUUUGACCAAACAAAUUAAGGACAAAACCGACCACAGGGAUAAACUGACGGAAGAUUUAAAACGUGACGGGGAGCGCCAACACGAACUUGAACAACAAAUUCAGAUGAACUCCAUAGAGUUGGAAAAGCAACGAGUCGCCAUUGACGAGUAUAACAAGCGCUACUAUGAAUUGAAAAAAAAUAAAGAUCAACAUCAAAGUCAGCGAAAUGAGUUGUGGCGUAAAGAGAACACAUUACAGCAUAGUUUGUCGUCACUCAAAGAAGAAAUGGCAAAGUCAGAUCAAGCUCUUCGCAGUAUGGCGGGCAAAGCUAUUUUGAACGGAAGGGACAGUGUAAGAAAAGUGCUGGAGGUGUUCAAAGAAAGGGGCGGAUCCCAUCUGCAUCUCGCUUCUCAAUAUUAUGGUCAGGUGAUUGAGAAAUUUGAGUGCGACCAGAGUAUUCAAACGGCAGUUGAAGUAACAGCUGGUGGCAGAAUGUUUUUCCAUAUUGUGGAAUCUGACAAAAUCGGCACGCAGAUACUCAAAGAAAUCAACAAUCAAAAUUUACCAGGUGAAGUGACUUUCAUGCCACUAAACAGAUUGACCAUACGCGAUAUAAGAUAUCCACAAUCACGGGAUGCUAUUCCGAUGGUGAGCAAAUUGAAGUAUGAACCUCAUUUGGAUAAGGCCAUGCGUUUCAUUUUUGGUAAGACUUUAAUUUGUCGUAACCUCGAGAUUGCCACGACGAUAUCCAAACAGAGUAUGCUCGAUUGUAUUACAAUCGACGGUGAUCAGGUCUCUUCGAGCGGAACAAUGACUGGUGGUUACUUUAAAAACGUCCGGUCCAAGCUGGAAAUGCAAAAGCAACGGAAUGACUUGAUGAACCAAAUCAAAGAGGCUGAAGACGAACAGGCAGUGUUGAAAACUCAGUUGAAUGAAGUCGAGGCCAACGUCAACGUAGUCAUGUCAGACAUGCAAAAGACUGAAACAAAAAACAGUAAAUCUAAGGGUAACUUUGACAAAUUAAAAGGAGACAUAAGACUCAUGAAAGAAGAACUAGUUGGAAUCGAAAGAUACCGUGCGACUAAAGAGAGACUGCUAGUGCAAGCAUCAUCUAAUUUGGAAGCAAUGCAGACCACACGAAGCGGAUUGGAGUCUGAACUACAUCAAGAACUCAUGGCUCAGCUUUCUGUUAGCGACCAACGAGAAAUGGAUAAGUUAAAUGAUGACAUCCGAUCACUGACCCAAGAGAACAAAACAGCUUUUGCUACCCGUAUGAAGUUUGAAGCCGAUAAAAAUAAGUUGGAGAAUUUGUUGACAAACAAUUUGAUUCGACGACGAGACGAACUUAUGCAGGCGCUUCAAGAAAUAUCUGUUGAAGAGCGAAAGAGGACGUUAGAAAACAGUCGGUUAGAACUGCAAGCGGUAAAGAAGAAACUGGAAUUGUUAAACGCUGACAUCAAAGUCGACGACAAAAGAGUUCAAGAAGCAGUCAGAAAACAAAAUAUUUGUCAAGAGGAACUGGAGAAAUGGAAGUCGAUCGAGAAGGAGGCGCAGGAGAAACUCGAUAAUGAAUCCAAAGAUUUGACUAAAGUGUCAACUAAACAGAACAUGUUGCGACAAAAGUUGGAUGAAUGCCAAGCCAAAAUCAGUGAUCUCGGAGCUCUUCCCAACACUGAGCUCAUGACUAAAUACCUGUCGUAUUCGUCUAAAAAUUUGUUUAAAGAACUGGAAAAAGUUAACAGCAACAUUAAACGGUUCGGUCACGUCAACAAGAAAGCGUUAGACCAGUUUGUGAGUUUUUCAGAGCAAAAAGAAAAGUUGGUCUCCAGAAAACACGAACUCGACAGAGGACACCAAAAAAUCGAAGAACUCAUGAACGUGUUGGAACAAAGGAAAUGCGACGCCAUUUUGUUCACGUUCAAACAAGUGUCCAUGUAUUUCACCCAAGUGUUCAGCAAACUGGUGCCUGGCGGGUACGCACAGUUAGUCAUGAAAUCAGCCGGAGGAGAAGAAUCUGCUACACCGUGUGUUGGCGAAGAGGACAAUAUCGACAACUACUCCGGCGUGAUGAUCAAAGUUUCAUUUGCCGGACAAGGAGCCGAAAUGCGAGAGAUGAACCAACUGUCCGGAGGUCAAAAAUCGUUAGUCGCGUUGGGACUGAUAUUCGCCAUACAAAAAUGUGAUCCGGCUCCUUUCUAUCUGUUCGACGAAAUCGAUCAAGCGUUAGAUCCACAGCACAGGAAAGCCGUUGCCGACAUGAUACACGAAAUGUCAGAUCAUGCUCAGUUCAUCACGACCACGUUCAGGCCUGAAUUGCUGUUUCAUGCGCACAAAUUCUAUGGUGUCAAAUUCCGAAAUAAGGUCAGUCAUGUGGAAUGUGUCACCAGAGACGUGGCCUACGAUUUUGUUGAAGACGAUACGACUCAUGGUUAAAUGGCGCACAAAAACAGUUUUAAAUAAAAUACGUUGAACGGAGUUUUCUAUUUAAAACUUAAUUUUUUUUUAUAUUGUUUUUACAAUUAAACUUAGACUGCAAACACAGAAAAGGCAAAAUAUAACUAUAAUUAUUAUUUUUUAGACAAUGGUAGAAUAAUACAAUUUUUAUUUUAUACUAUUACCAUUAUACAAUGAUGACCAUAAUGUUGUCCUAUAGGUUUUUAAUUAGUUAUUAGAUGUUAAUUCUUUUAAAUAUGAUAAUUAUGUUUAAUAAUAAUAAUAAUAUCCAUGUCUGUACGAUACCAUAUUAUAAUUUUGUUCCGCGGACUCCCUAGGCCAAUCUCAAAUAUAUUGUAAACUCUUCUAUACCACGCAUUGUACGAAGAUACAUAGAUUUUUAAAAUUAUUUUUUCUAGUUUAUGUAAUAUGUAAAACCAUAAUUUAUUAUACAUUUUUAUCUUUCCUAAUAAAAUCUUUUCAUGUAUUCCUA